AUGGGUGGUGACGAUGUCACUGGUGUGACGCGUGUUGACUGGGUCCGUAUGCUGUUUGAGAAGGAGAAGCUUCCAUAUGAGCUGGGCUGGAGACCGCGUGCUGAGCCGAUCACGAUCCCAAGUCUUGGUCUGAUGGUAUUCAAUCUGUUCGCUGUCAGCCCACAGAAGGUGCCGGAGGGCAAGAAGAUUAUACAGGAUACUUACAAGGAUGUCUUUGAGGGACUUAUCGGUGGCAGGAACAUUCUCAAUAACAUCACCAACGACUUGGCUGAUGCUGUUGGGCUGUAG